CCACCUCUCCUGCUUGUAAGUUGUCCCCCAAAAAAGAAACAAACCAAGACCGGCUGCACCGCCAACAACAACAACUACUACCAACAACUAGCCUACCAACAACUGCUACCGCAACAACUGCUACUACCAAUAAUGUCGCUCGACGGCGAGGUCGAGGAGCAGCUGUCCCGGCCCCCAAGUCUUACUCUUGUGCGCCUCCCCGCCCACAUCCGCCAUCGCAUAUACCUCCACACGGGCGUGGCGCGGUUUGACGGGCAUGCAUGCAUCUAUUACUUGGACGGCCGCAAGGAAUCGCGCAAGGUGAAGUCGGAUUUCGACCCGCCGCCGACGCGCAACUUCGCCGGCUUAUUGCUAUCCUGCCGCACUCUGUACACCGAAGUCGCCGCCCUACUGUAUUCGGCCAACCGAUUCGUCAUCUUCUACUCGCACCACGGCUCCCUCAAGCCUCUCCGGGCCCUAUCGCCAACCACUCUCGCCUCCUUGACCAGUCUGAAGGUCGUUCUCAACGAGUCCUCCUGCCACCAGCCCACCGACUCGUAUAACCACCCCCCCAGUUGCUGCGGUUAUCUCCAUCCCAGGCGCAAAAGCAAAUGGGCCGAUGCCUCCUAUUGCGCCAGCAAGUACCACCAUACCGUGCAUCGCCGUCCUUUGCUCGACCUGGCUAUGGACCUGGACGGGCUGGACUUGGCAUCGGCCAAGCGAGCAACUCAACCGAUGUUAAGCGAGUGGUGCGAGACCGCAACCUAUCUUUCGUCUCAUGUUAGCGUCGGGCGCCUGGAGCUCUCGCUGCACCGGGGCUACCAGAUAUGCCUUCCGCCUUGCACCAACAGCGAAGGCGGGUGCCCGCCUGAUAUCCACCAUGGCUGCCGGCGAAUCCAUUGCAAUGCUUACGUCGAUAUGCCCGGCGUAUCUGAGCGGCCCCCAGGCUGUUUCUGCCGCCGCCGACAUAGCGCCUUUACCUCCACCUGCCACUGCUGGGCGCCCCCGACCAACUUGUUUCUCGUCUGCCGCGCCCUGUGCCGGGACGCCCAGUUUGUCUUCUUUUCCGGGAACCGUUUUAUCAUCUACGACUUCCACGCCCUGAUGCCCUGGGAUCUACCCGCCGAUCAGCGAUAUGAAGAAGCACCGGACUCGGCCGGCACCACCGCCACCACGCCGUCUUACCCGUACGAGCGUCUCCUUGCUUCCGAGUUCCUCAGAGACAUCAUCCCAGUCCGCUGCCUCGCCGACCUCCGCUUUCUGGAGUUGGUGUUUCCCCCUUACGUGCCCCGCGGCUGGCCCAAUGGCAAACCUGCCGCGAUACGGGAUUGGCGUGAUACGGUCGACUGGAUUCGGGACAAAAUCAAGGCACCGGCGCUUACCUUUCGUCUCGUCAUGGUCGACUUCCAUAGUGAUGAUAUACCCAAUCGCCGCCAGAAUUUGACAAAGGACCAGGGACACCAGAUAAUCAAGGGCUACUCGUCUAUUCUUUUGUUCUUGAGACCCCUGGCAAGGGACGGCGGUCUGGCGGGCUUGUCCAUACAGCCCGCAUACCCCUGGCGAUGGAACCCGGGCGCAAUCCUAAAUAGUAUACCACGACAUCAUGACUGGGUGGACGAAGCGGAGCAAGAGAUAAAGGAGAAUGCCGAGAAGUUUGUAUUCGGGCGCAAGGAUGCACCCAACAGAGCGGAGCCGAGAAAGAGCACUUGGCAACGCUGUCUAGGUAGUUACUUGGCAAAAGGCUGGAUCCGUUGAUCAAGUCCAAGGUGCUAACAUUCUGCCUUGUCUGCGCCGACCGCUGGGGGACGGAAUACGGAUCCUGGGCGCCAUCAAUGCAUCUCCAUCGCAACUGCGCACGAGGCGUUGCGAGAAGUCCCGGACGAUUCGACGGGUGUGAACCGAAGUGAAAUGGGCGACGCGGCGACGCCUUCCGGCUCCCGUCGCCGGCGCGCCGUUUGUAAGCUAAGGUAGGUACUAGCGUUUCGGAGGCGGCGACCGGUCCGGGAACACGAACGGGAUCGCGUCCGGCAAGCGGUCGGGUGUGCGUUCAAAAGCUUGG